CACAUAUUGGACGUUGUAUAUCAAAUUAUGGCCUUGAGGGCAAACAUCGGAUUGUCUGUCUCACGUCUGUGUUACUUCUAAUUUUCUUCGUUUACUUCCGUUGAUAAAUAUUAUUUAAUAGUGUCUUUGCAAAUAUAUUUAUUUGUUUAUUACUCAGCCUUUGGGAAGAUUUGUCAUUCUACCCAUUUCAAAGUAUUGAAUAAUGUUCGAAGUAUUUGGUGGAGUAUUCAUCAGAAUGACUGUUAAGUUCACUUAUAGAGAGCCCGUAAGAUUUAUGGGAAGCCUAAACAAAGUUCUUUAUCCAUGGAUGAAUCGAAAAAAGCCGUUUUGGGUUACUCAAGAGGCUAGUCCUUAUGUAGAUGAAGAUGUUACAUCAGAAAACAAGACAUUUUUAGAACAACAGCGUAUAGAUUCAUUAACCAGUUCUACAAGCCCCGUCAUUACUGAACAACCGGCACAGGUACCAUGGAAACCAUAUGUUACACAAAGAUGCGGUCUUAUUGCAAUCAAGCUAGGAUUAUACCCACUGUGGACUAAAACUGGAAAGAAAAUCGACUGUACUAUUUUCCAGAUCCCUGACAAUCAUGCUAUUCGUUAUACACCUCCUUCAGAGAUCGACAAAUACAUCAGCUUACUACAUCCACGUCACUAUUGGCUAAAUAAUAAACGGCCUCCUUCCUGGAUAACUCAAAAACGUUGGGGUAUACAAUUGGUUGGAGCAGUUUCUGCUGACCCUAUCGAGUUCACUUCUGAGUGGUGUGAUUUAUUUAAAAAAGCUGGUAUACCACCAAAGCGUAAAAUAUCUCGUUUUUUGGUCAGCCCUGAUGCUGCUUUAAAACCUGGAACGCCUUUGGGUGUGCAUCAUUUUCGUGUAGGUGACCGUUUGGAUAUAACUGCAAGAACCACUAAUCGUGGCUUUGAAGGUGUUAUUGAACGUUGGGGAAUGAAAGGCGGACCUGCUGCUCAUGGUUCUACUAAAUUUCAUCGUAGAAUGGGAAGUAAUGCAGGAAUUGAAGGAGUAAUCCCUCGAGGCAAACGUAUGGCAGGUGUUAUGGGUAAUCGAUUCAGAAGCUUACGUGGUGUAAUGAUUGUGAGGAUUAAUCCAAAACUUGGACUUAUAUAUGUAACAGGUACAACACCAGGGCCUGUACAUGCCUACUGCCAUUUGAACGACUCUUGGUUAAGAAAUCGUCGACGUGAAUUAAAUGCUAAUCCACCACCAGUUCCAACUUAUUUUCCUCCCUCUGUAGUAGAUGAAACUAAUUCAAAUCAACUCGAUCCAAGCUUGUGCCUUGAUGUUGAUGAUGAUUUUGAACAAGAUAUUUACCAUGAAUCAAUACAUCCAAGUUAUAGUCCUUCCAUUUCCUAUUCAGAAGACUCUAUGUGAAACGUGAUUUCUCUGUUAUAAGAAUGUACAUACAAUAUACCUUCAUAGUUUCCUUUCAA